GAUUAUUCGGGGACCGAAGGUUAGACAACUGCGUUUGGUGGGGUUUGUGUUUUCAUAUAAUUUCUUCAUUUUCCUUCAAGUUUUCUUUCUCGAAAAUCCGAGGUACGUUGGGGGGAGGGAUUCGCUCCUUCCAAGAGGAGCUCGGAAGAAGCUUUUUGGUGAAUGGAGAUGGCAGGAGUGAUGGAGAGCGCGAAGGAGCUCGAUCGGUUGCGGAAGGAGCAGGAGGAUGUCUUCGCUGAGAUCAACAAGCUCCACAAACGCUUUUCCCAAUGCAAUCCAGAGCAAAUUGAGAAGCUUGGAGAGCCCUGGCUAAAGCUACGAGCGUUUUAUGUACAAGCGAAAGAACUUGCAGAAAAUGAAGUAACCAUCUCAAGUUCAUUAAUAAGUCAAUUGGAUUCUUUGAUGCACUCUGGCCUCUCAUCUGCACAACGUAAAAAAAUAGAAGUUGAGCAGAAAAAGAAGAGGAUGAAGGCUGAUUCAGAUCCAAGACUCUCUUCUGCUGCCUCAGUUAGGAGCCUACUCGAGCAAGCUAACAAUCUUAUCAAUGAGCAGGUAGCAGCAAGAGUAACAGCUGAUGAUGCAGAAAAGGACGAGUGGUUUAUUGUGAAGGUGACCCGUUUUGACCGGGAAACAAAAGAAUUUGAAGUUCUUGAUGAGGAACCGGGGGAUGAGGAAGAGAGUGGUCAAAGGAAAUACAAACUGCCGAUGUCACGCAUUAUCCCUUUUCCAAAGUGUGGUGAUCCAACUACUGCCCCAGACUUCCCACCAGGGGCACAGGUUUUGGCAGUCUAUCCUGGAACAACUGCUCUAUAUAAAGCUACUGUUGUCAACUCUCACAGGAAGAAGAAAAAUGAAGACUAUUUACUGGAGUUUGAUGACGAUGAAGAAGAAGGAUCUCCUGGUCUUCCCAGAAGGCAAAUACCUUUUUACAAGGUUGUUCCUCUUCCAGAAGGGCAUCGUCAGUGAUUCUGAAGUGUACAGUACUCUUGCCUUGUUUGUGGAUGUCUUGUAAAUUAUGUCCAUCUGGUUAUUUGCGAUUCUGCUGGAUGCCCCCCAAUCCAGGAAUUGCCUAACCGGUGUCUGCUGUUUUUGUAUAUUUUGGAAGCGUCCAGAAACUUUGAUGCCGAAUGACUAGGGCCUCUCGAACAUGAAAGCUUGGACAAAGCUUUUGUAAAACAGUACCACUCUUAACUGCAGAAUUGGCAAGUUUAUAGUACCACUAAGAGAUUCUCUUUUA